AUGAAUUAUGCUGAUAGAUGUUAUAAGGAGUUGAAGAAUGCCAAAGUAAAGGUGAAAGUUUUAGAUGAAUUAUUCAGGUGUCCGUACUGCCCCAGCAAGAAGAAGCAGGAUUACUGCUACAAGGAUCUUUUACAACAUGUAUCUGGGGUUGGAAAGGGUCUGCAUAGCAGGGAUUUGACAAAGAAAGGGAUGCAUUUAGGAUUGGUAAGGUACAUGGAAGAGGAUCUUGGUCAGCAGGGAUUAUCAGCACAAUCGAUGAUAGAGACUACUGAGCCUCCUAAAGGUAGGGAUGUAAAUGAGUUGUUCGUUUGGCCGUGGAUGGGAAUUGUAGCAAACCCUCCUCAUUCUUGGAAGGAUGGGCGAUAUGUCAGCGAGAGUGGUUCAAGGCUUAGGGAAGAUUUGACUGGAAGGGGGUUUAGCCCAGUGAGAGUUCAUCCACUGUGGAACCAUAGGGGUUUUUCGGGGUAUGCAAUAGUUGAAUUUAACAGAGAUUGGCCUGGAUUCAACAAAGCAAUGCUAUUUGAAAAGAAUUAUGAAGCAAAUCAUAGGGGAAAGAGGGAUUAUUAUGCAGCAAAGCACACUAGAGAUGGUUUAUAUGGAUGGGUUGCCCGUGAGGAUGACUUUAAUACAAAUGGAAUUAUUGGUGAGCAUCUUCGAAAAACAGGAGACAUGAAAAGUAUUUCUGAAAUUGAAGCAGAAGAGAAGCAUAAAACUACAAAACUUGUGUCAAAUCUGACAAAUGUAAUAGAUAUAAAAAAUCAGCGGCUCAAGGAGGUCGAGUGCAAGUAUAAUGAAACAUUCAUUUCCUUAAACAAUUUGAUGACUGAAAAAGACAAAAUGCACCAAGCUUAUAACGAAGAGAUUCGCAAGAUGCAGAAGAAUGCUCGUGAUCAGCUUGAGAAGACUUUCAAGGAGCAUGAGAAAAUCACAUUGCACUUGGUAGGCCAAAAGAGAGAACUUGAGGAGCAUGAGAAAGAACUGGGGAAACGAGAGGCUUACAAUGAAAAUGACAGAAGGAUGCUCUAUUUGGAGAAGCAAAUGAAUGAGAAAGCUACCUUGGAGCAAAAGAAGGCAAAUGAAAAAGUCCUAAGGUUGGCAGUAGAUCAAAAGAGUGAAAAAGAGAAACUGCACAAGAGAAUUCUUGAACUAGAAAAGAAACUUGACGCCAAACAAGCAUUGGAGUUGGAGAGAGAGCGUAUGAGAGGAGCUCUGCUAGUUAUGAAACACAUGGGAGAGGAUGGGGAUAUGGAAAUCGAGGACAAGAUGCAUACUAUUCAAGAGAACCUAAAAGAGAAGGAAGAGGAACUUGAAUAUCUGGAAGCAUUGAAUCAAGCCCUUGUUGUCAAGGAGCGCAAAAUCAGUGAUGAGUUGCAAGAAGCUCGUAAGGAGUUAAUCGAUGCAAAAGCAAGCAAUGAGUUUUCCUUAAUUAAUAUCAUCCAGAAACAACUUGGUAAAACAAAUGAGAAUGAUAUUGCUACUUGUGCCUUGAAGGAGGAGUCUUCUCCGAAUUUGAUUGGUGUCAAGAGAAUGGGAGAGCUCUAUAACAAGCCAUUCCAUAACUUUGCCAAGAGAAAAUUUUCCAAAAAAGAAGCAGAUGCGAAAGCUAUGAAGUUGUGUUCACAAUGGAAGGUUUAUCUUGGGGAUCCUAGAUGGCACCCUUUUAAGGUCAUCGUGGUUGAAGGUGGUAAGGAUCACAAGGAAAUCAUCGACGAAGAGGAUGAAAAACUGAAAGAACUGAAGAAUGAUUUUGGCGAUGAAGUUUACAUGGCUGUGAUUGCUGCAUUGAUGGAGAUGAAUGAGUAUAACCCCAGCGGUCAUAACCCCUGCAGUCGGUGCAUCAUACCCGAGCUCUGGCAUUAUCAAGAGGAGAGAAAAGCAACACUGAAAGAGGUAGUAUCAUACAUACUCGACCAGUGGAAGAAGCUCAAAAGGAGGAAAAACUAG